GAAAUGUCUCCAGGUCAACAGGAAGUAACCCUAAAAUGCCCCAAAAUCAACAGGAAGUGACAGUAAUCUACAGGAAGUCCGAGAUGCCUCAAAACCAACAGGAAGUGACCUUGAAAUGCUCCCAAAUCAACAGAAAUGACCCCAAAAACGCCCCCAAAUCAACAGGAAGUGGCCCGAUAUCAACAGGAAGUUACCCUGAAAUGCCCCAGCAGCAACAGGAAGUUACACCUAAUCUACAGGAAGUCCAAGAUCCCUCAAAAUCAACAGAAAGUGACCGUGAAAUAACCCCAAAUCAACAGUGGUGACCUUGAAAUGUCCCCAAAUCAACAGAACGUGACCCUUAAAUGCACCAACACGAACAGGAAGUAACACGAAAUCUACAUUGGGUCCGAAAUGCCUCAAAAUCAACAGGAAGUGAUUUUGCAACGCCUCCAAAACACCUGGAAGUGACUUUGAAAUGCCCCCAAACCAACAGAAGUGACCCUGAAAAGUCUCCAGGUCAACAGGAAGUGACCCUAAAAUGCCCCAAAAUCAAAAGGAAGUGACACGUAAUCUACAGGAAGUCCGAGAUGCCUCAAAAUCAACAAAAAGUGACCUCGAAAUCAUCCCAAAUCAACAGUAGUGAGCUUGAAAUGUCUCCAAAUCAACAGGAAGAGACCCUGAAAUGCCCAAACAUCAACAGGAAGUGUCACGUAAUCAACAGGAAGUGACUUUGAAAUCCCCCCAAAUCAACAGAAGUGACCCUGAAAUGCCCCAAAAUCAAAAGGAAAUGAUUUUGAAAUGUCCCCAUAGCAACAUCAAGUGACCCUAAAAUGCCCAAACAUCAACAGGAAGUGUCACGUAAUCUACAGGAAGUCCGAGAUGCCUCAAAAUCAACAGGACAUGACCUUGAAAUGCUCCCAAAUCAACAGAAGUGACCCUGAAAUGUCCCCAGGUCAACAAGAAGUGAGCCUGAAAUGCCCCAAAAUCAAAAGGAAAUGAUUUUGAAAUGUCCCCAUAGCAACAGAAAGUGACCCUGAAAUGCCCAAACAUCAACAGGAAGUGUCACGUAAUCUACAGGAAGUCCGAGAUGCCUCAGAACCAACAGGAAGUGACCUUGAAAUGCUCCCAAAUCAACAGAAAUGACCCCAAAAAUGCCCCCAAAUCAACAGGAAGUGACCCUGAAAUGCCCCAGCAGCAACAGGAAGUGACAUGACAAGAUGCCUCAAAAUCAACAGAGAGUGACCAUGAAAUAACCCCAAAAUCAACAGUGAUCUUGAAAUGUCCCCAAAUCAACAGAUCAUGACCCUGAAAUGCACCAACACGAACAGGAAGUGACACGUAAUCUACAUUAGGUCCGAAAUGCCUCAAAAUCAACAGGAAGUGAUUUUGCAACGCCUCCAAAACAACUGGAAGUGACUUUGAAAUGCCCCCAAACCAACUGAAGUGACCCUGAAAAGUCUCCAGGUCAACAGGAAGUGACCCUAAAAUGCCCCAAAAUCAAAAGGAAGUGACACGAAAUCUACAGGAAGUCCGAGAUGCCUCAAAAUCAACAAAAGGUGACCUCGAAAUCAUCCCAAAUCAACAGUAGUGAGCUUGAAAUGUCUCCAAAUCAACAGGAAAAGACCCUGAAAUGCCCAAACAUCAACAGGAAGUGUCACGUAAUCAACAGGAAGUGACCUUGAAAUCCCCCCAACUCAACAGAAGUGACCCUGAAAUGCCCCAAAAUCAAAAGGAAAUGAUUUUGAAAUGCCCAAACAUCAACAGGAAGUGUCACGUAAUCUACAGGAAAUCGGCGAUUCCUCAAAAUCAACAGGAACUGACCUUGAAAUGCCCCCAAAUCAACAAAAGUGACCCUGAAAUGUCCCAAAAUCAACAGGAAGUGACACGUUGUACAGGAAUUGACCCGAUGUGAACAGGGAGUGACCCUAAAAUGCCCCCAAAUCAACAGGAAGUGGCCUGAUAUCAACAGGAAGUGACCCUGAAAUCCCCCAACAUCAACAGGAAGUGACACGUAAUGUACAGGAAGUCAGAGAUGCCUCAAAAUCAGCAGAAAGUGACCAAAUAUAUCAACCAACACAGCAAAGCUACCAUCGCAACUUCUCCAUGAAUUGCAUUUCCACUUUUUUCAAUGUCAAAGAUUUAGACUUUAGACUUAGUGGCUGCCACCGACUGCCCCAGCUAGCUUCAAACGAAUUGGACGUCUACGACUGAUAAACUCAUUGAAAUUCACAGCUGAAAAACAAAUGGACGCCACAUGACUCGACGUCUAUCUUUAUCUUGAUCGGGAGCUUUUAAUUUAACUCGUUUUUAUCAACUUCGGCGGAUAGGACACAGCCUGUGUGAAUCGCGUUUCGAGCUUCUUGCCGUGGACGGAAAGCGCAGAGGGACAAACGCCUGCUCGGCGCAAGCUAAUUUAAGCUAAGCUAAGCUAAACGGUGCUUAGCGACGACAUGGCGGCGCAUUUAAAAAAGCGAGUUUACGAGGAAUUCUCCAGGGUGGUCCAGGUUCCCACUGAAGACGCCCCGUCUAAGAAGCUCCGUUUGUGUAAGCCCAGCAAGUCGGCGGCGCUGCACGUGGAUCUGUGUAAGGCAGCCAACGCUACCGACGCCUUGCACUUCCUGCUGCAGUUCGCACGCAAGCCCGUGGAGGCCGAGAGCGUGGAGGGCGUCGUCAGGAUCCUCCUGGAACAUUACUACAAGGAAAAGGACAAGUCAGUGCGUCUGAAGAUGGCCUCGCUGCUUGGCGUGCUGGCUACCACCGAGGGCUUCGCUCCCGACUGCAUCGUGGAGGAUCUGCUCGCCGUCGUCCACAACGAGAAAUCGCAUCAGGUUCUGGCACAGCUGCUGGACACGCUCUUAACGGUGGGCGCGCAGAGCCCGGCGGCGGCGCGGCGGCUGUCGGACGUGGCCCGCCGCCACCUGGCGGACGCCUCCUUCGUCGUCAGGAACAAGUGCCUGCAGCUGCUGGGACAUCUGGGUGGCGCCGCCGACGGCCCUAAGGCAGGCGAGGGCGAGGGGCCCGCCGCCUCCCCCGCCGGGGACGUCCCGAGCGUCAUCAGCGACUACUUUGGAGAUCGGGACCCCAGAGUGCGAGCCGCCGCCCUCAAAGCAAUGCUGCAGCUGCACGAGAGGGGACUGAAGAUCCAGGAAGGGAUUUACGAGCAGUCUUGCCGGCUGCUGGCGGACGACUACGAGCAAGUUCGCUCGGCCGCCGUUCAGAUGGUUUGGGUGCUCAGCGUCCUCUACCCCGAGAGCAUCGUGCCCAUCCCGUCAUCCAACGAAGAGAUCCGGCUGGCGGACGACGCCUUCGGGAAGAUCAGCCACAUGGUCGGCGACGGCUCGUGGAUGGUUCGCGUGCAAGCAGCCAAAACGCUGGGCUCCAUGUCACACGUCAGUCCUCACUUCCUGGAGCAGACACUGGACAAGAAGCUCAUGUCGGAUCUGCGGAGGAAGCGCACGGCCCACGAACGUGCCAAGGAACUCUUCGCGUCAGGCGAGUUCUCCAGCGGCAGGAAGUGGGCUGACGACGCCCCCAAAGAGAAAGUGGACACCAACACGGUCAACCUGAUCGCCUCGGGAGCUUGCGGAGCCUUUGUCCACGGCCUGGAGGAUGAGAUGUUCGAGGUGCGCAUCGCGGCGGUGGAGGCCGUGUGCCGGCUGGCCGGCUCGUCGCCGGGCUUCGCCGAAAAGUGCCUGGACUUCCUGGUGGAUAUGUUCAACGAUGAAAUCGAGGAGGUGCGGCUGCAGUCCAUCCACGUGCUGCGAGAGAUCUCUACGCACAUCACGCUAAGGGAGGACCAGCUGGACACGGUGCUGGCCGUACUAGAGGACUCGUCUCGCGAUAUCCGAGAGGCUUUGCACGAGCUCCUGUGCUACACCAACGUGUCCACCAAGGAGUGCGUCCAGCUGGCUCUGCUGGAGCUGCUCAAGAACCUCAACAAGUAUCCCGCUGACCGCAACUCUGUUUGGAAGUGUCUGAAGUUUUUGGGCGGGCGCCACCCCAUGCUGGUGUUGCCUCUGGUCCCAGAGCUCCUCAGCACGCACCCUUACUUUGACACCCCAGAACCUGACAUGGACGACCCGGCCUACAUUGCCGUUUUGGUGUUGGUGUUCAACGCCGCCAAGUCGUGUCCCACCAUGCCGGCGCUCUUCUCCGACCACACCUUCAGACACUACGCCUACCUCAGGGAUAGCCUCUCACACCUGGUGCCGCCUCUACGGUUGCCUGGCAGGAAGCAGGUCCACGGUUCGGACUCCAUCGACUCUCAGGGCGUGGAGUCUGCUCAGCUCUUCUUACGGCAAAGUCUGGAGAGGGUCGGCGCCAUUCAGAACCUGGAAGCGCCAGGAGCUCGGGACCUUCUGGUCUUUACCAUUCGGGAUUUGGAGAGACUGGGCCGGCUGCAGACGGAACUGGCCGGAGCCGCCGACUUCUGCGCCACUUACCUGCGCUGCCAGCUUCUCCUUAUCAAGGCGCUGCAAGAGAAGCUAUGGAAGACGGCGGUUCCCCUCUGCCCCCAGCAGAACGUGACGGCUGCGGCGGCUGCUCGGCAGGUUCUGGAGGAGAGCUACAAGUUGGAGUUCAUGUACAGCGGCCUUCAGAGCAGACAGCUGGCUGUCAUCCAUCACGUGCGCCUGCAGGCGCGGGCGCUCACGCUGGUCCUCACUGCUCGCGCCGCCCGCGGGGAGGAAGAUCUGCUUGCCGCUUGUGAAAAGUUCCUGCAGGAGCUGGACUCUUUCCACAGACUGUUUGCGGCCGAGCUGCCUCACAUGAGGGACGCUUUUGCCGAUCGGCUGGCGGAGGCGGCUCGCCGGCCGGCGGCCCGCAAGCCUUCCGAGCUGGUCCGUGUGCUCCAGACGGCGCUGAGGCAGAGCGCUCUGCCGCAGCUGACGCUUCCGCUUCAGAUACACCGAGCUGUGGCUAACAUCAUCGAGCCUACGGGAGAGUCGGACAACCCGGUCAAGUUCACUUCCGGCCUGGUGGUGGCGCUAGACGUGGACGCCACUCUGGAGCACGUCCGGGACCCCCACAACUCUGUCAAAGUGGAGGUGGUUUACCCCGACGGACAGAGUCACGUGAUCCAGCCGAAACCCGGAGACUUCCGCAAACCGGGACCGCAGCGCCACAGACUCAUCACGCAAAUCUACUUGUCGCACGGUGCCUGGACAGAACCUUGUCAUGUAGAAGUGCGCCUCCUGCUGGCCUACGGCUCCUCCUCCAUUCCCGGAGACCCCAAGCCGGCGUGGACUGACGGCCCGGACGGCUUCCCGCCACCGGAGGGCGGCACGGAGGGAACCAUCGCCUUCAGCGAACCGGUCAAAGUCUUCAUCAUGCCCAAACCCGCCAGACGCUAACACCUCAUGCCUGAUUACGGCUAACUAAAAUGAUUAUGUUAUUGAAUUUUUUUUUUUUUUUUUUUUUUUAAGUAAAAGUGAAAAGUACAAGCAAAGCGUAUUUUAUUCCUUAUUCAUUUUGGGGCGUUUUUCUUGUCACUUCCUGUUGAUAUCUGGUCUUUUUUUUAUUUUGGGGCAUUUUUGGGUCACUUCCUGUUAAUUUUAGGGCAUUUCCAGGUCAAUUUCUUUUGAUUUCGGUCACUUUAUGUUGAUUUCAGGGCAUUUCCAGGUCACUUCCUGUUGAUUUUAGGGCAUUUCCAGUUGACUCCCUGUUGAUUUUGGGCACUUCCUGUUAAUUAUAGGGCAUAUCUGGUUCAUUUCCUGUUAACUUUGGGGCACUUCUUGUUCAUUAGUCACUUCCUGUUGAUAUGUGGUCACUUCCUGUUAAUUUUAGGGCAUUUCCAGGUCACUUCCUAUCUCUCAUAUGACAUAAAUAUGUUACAGAAAGUAUUUCUGAACCCUUUUCAUUGGUUUAGGACAGAGGUGUCCAAACUUUUUGCCAGAUUUGGUGUGGCAAAAAUGUGGGGGGCCGACCUUGGCUGACGGCCUUAAUGUAGAACAAUAUAUUUAAGCAACUUUUAGCAAGCCAUUCUGUCUGUCACAUUUGCUUUAUUUUUUAUUUUUUUUAAUUAAUAAUUUCAACAAUCUCGCAACUAGCCUUUGUGGCGUUCUCUUUCGACUCUCGGGAUCUUGCGAAAUACUGCUGCAGUGAAAUUAAACUAGCUUCAAGUUGCUUCAAUUUCUCGCUGCGUAUCUUCCCUGUAAUCUUGUUGUACAUGUCAGCGUGUCUUGUUUGGUAAAAUCACCUCACAUUGAACUCUUUCACACUAGAAAACCCAGCAGAGGCCGACUCGGCCUUUCUCAAGACAAAUACUCCUAAUAUUCCCAAGCAAUGGCCGAUUUGGGCUCUCCUAAAAAAACUGAGAGGUGGCCAAAAUGACCCAAGUGCUUUUGAAUUAGCAAGUCGUUGUCAGACAGACAGCAACCAUUCAUGUGUAAAUGCAACCGCUAGACAUAAAUUGUGGUAGUAUGUGGCUCAAACGGAAGGGAACACACCACAGUUGCAUUUUUCAUGUGAUUGUGUCAGUUCAAGUGAAGUUACAUUUAUUUAUAGAGUUUAUCUUUUUACACAAUUUUUAACUCACUUCUCCUAUACUCCACACACAAAAAAACAGAAAAAAAUGGCCCAAAUGUGUACAUUGCUUUAAAAAAAAAAGUGUUUUAGAACUGCAAUUUAAAUGUAAAGCAGGAGUUGUUUCUAUAGAAGGACUGAAUCGGGCAUGGAUCAUGGAUUUAAAAUACACAUUUGGGCCAUUUUUUUUCCUUCUGUUUUGUGUGUGGAGUAUAGGAGAAGUGACUUAAAUGGUUAUUUAAAAAAAAGGGUAAAACUCCAUAAGUAAAUAUUGCUUGACUUGAACUGACACAAACUAUCACAUGAAUAGUUCAACCGGGGUGUGUUCCCCUCCGUUUGGGCCGCAUAACAACACAGUCUAUUUAUUAAGUCUGUGUGCAGGCCAGACGUUAUUGGUCUUAUGAUGGAGGCUGGGG